UCCCGGUUCCAGUUCCAGUUCCAGCUCCUUGCCUUAGACAUGCAGGUGCAGCUGCAGAUGCAAGCGCAGUGCCACGGCCGCCCUCCCAGCUCCGCUUGUUGCUUCCAUGGCUUGGCCCUGUGAAUGCCCCUCCUCCUCCUCCUCCUGUUCUCUUUCUUCUCCUUCUUUCCCCUCGCUCCAAUUCCCAGAUUCUCCCGUCUUGCUUCUCUUCAACCUGCCCAUACGCUUCAUUUCCGUCUCUAGGUCCAGCUCUAGCUCAAGCUUCAGCUCCAGUAAAAGAUCAACGGUCUCGACUUCAUAUAAACAUACUUCUCCGUCCGCUUCCCACCACGCUCAAAGCUCCCUUUCUCUCCUCGCACCACAGCUUUCUCACUCCAGCACCCUCCACUACUUCUUCACUUCAAAAUGGUUCACCUCACAACCGUCAACACACCCCCGGACUCUGGCUCUGCCUCCGGCGCCGAGGACUCGUCCGCCACCAGCCUCCGCCAGGUCCAGCAGCAGCUCAAGAAAGUCCAGCUCCAGCUCGCCGACCACGAUGACUGCUACACCACGAGCGUCUACGGCUCUCGCUUCGCCAAUCAGGAUCUCCCCAAGAGCGAGAUGCCCGAGAGCGAAAUGCCCAAGGAGGUCGCCUACCGCAUGAUCAAAGACGAGCUCAGUCUCGACGGUAACCCGAUGCUCAACCUGGCUUCCUUUGUGACGACUUACAUGGAAGAAGAAGCCGAGAAGCUCAUGGCCGAGAGCUUCAGCAAGAACUUCAUCGACUACGAAGAAUAUCCCGCCUCAGCAGACAUCCAGAACCGCUGCGUCUCCAUGAUUGGCAAGCUCUUCCACGCCGACGUUGGCGCGGGCGAAGGCGUUGGCGCUGUCGGCACCUCGUGCGUCGGCUCCUCCGAGGCCAUCAUGCUCGCCGUCCUCGCCAUGAAGAAGCGCUGGAAGAACAAGCGUCAGGCCGAGGGCAAGUCCACUGAGCACCCCAACAUUGUCAUGUCCUCCGCCGUCCAGGUCUGCUGGGAGAAGGCCGCCCGCUACUUCGAGGUCGAGGAGAAGCUCGUCUACUGCGCGCCCGAUCGCUACGUCAUUGACCCCAAGGAGACGGUCGACCUUAUUGACGAGAAUACCAUCGGUAUCUGCGCCAUCCUGGGUACCACGUACACGGGCGAGUACGAGGACGUCAAGGCUGUCAAUGACUUGCUGAUUGAGAAGAACCUCGAUGUGCCUAUCCACGUUGAUGCCGCCAGCGGAGGUUUCGUCGCCCCCUUUGUCGUUCCUGAUCUUGAGUGGGAUUUCCGCCUCAAGAAUGUCGUCUCUAUCAAUGUCUCCGGUCACAAGUACGGCCUCGUCUAUCCCGGUGUCGGCUGGGUUGUCUGGCGCUCUGCCGAGUUCCUCCCCCAGGAACUCGUCUUCAACAUUAACUACCUCGGCGCAGACCAGGCCUCCUUCACCCUCAACUUCUCAAAGGGCGCCUCACAGGUUAUUGGUCAAUACUACCAGCUCAUUCGUCUCGGCAAGAAGGGCUACCGCGCCAUCAUGUCAAACCUCACCCGCACCGCAGACUACCUCUCCCAGUCCCUCGAGGUCCUCGGCUUCCGUAUCAUGUCCAAGCGCUCCGGCGAGGGCCUCCCCCUUGUCGCCUUCCGCCUCCCCGAAGUCCCUGCCGGCGCCGAGGGUGAGCCGGGCGUCCGCCACUACGACGAGUUUGCGCUCGCCCACCAGCUCCGUGUCCGUGGCUGGGUUGUGCCCGCUUACACCAUGGCGCCCAAGACCGACGACCUCAAGAUGCUCCGCGUCGUUGUCCGCGAGGACUUUUCCAAAUCACGCUGCGACGCCCUCAUCACCGAUAUCAAGCUCUGCAUGGGCCUGCUCGAGCAGAUGGACCAGGACGGUGUCAAGAGGCAACAAGAGUACAUCAACAAGCACCACCUCACCAGCUCGAAGUCAACCCACAACCAUCCAAAGUUCAGAGUUUGUCCCCAAACCCCCCGGGUCCCGCGCGAACCCACCCAGAAUGAGAUUUCACUAACCAUGCUGUGCUUGAACAGAAGGAAAAGCAUUCCCUACAGGGUAAGACUGGCAAAACGCAUGCCAUCUGCUAAGCCCUUCCGCGGUUGUUGUCAUAAAGACGCAAACUACUUACGGCACGAAAUAAACGACUGACACGACGCAUACGACGGCUUCACUGGCGCGGCGGUGGCGGCGGCAAGUACGACGGCUUUAGGCCGGGCAAGGUUUGGGUAGCGUAGGCUGGCGGGGAUAUAUACUUCACGAGAGGAUAGGAACGGUACUACUUUUUCUGGCACCUGUAUUUUGCUCAAGAGGUUUGUAGAGGAGAAAAGAAUACACCAGUCAUUGGAUCUACUUUGAAUGGCCAUCAACUGAGCGACCAUGUCUCUGUGACCAAUUGAUCUCAGGGCAAGUCAAACUUCAACUUCAUCCGGUUCUCCUGCACCGUCUUCUCCAAAACCCCACCGUCAUCGGCAUAAUGCGCCAAAUUCAGCGCCAAAUCCGCCCACGUAUUGCACUCGUCGUCCUGUCGGACAUUGUAAGCGUCCACUGCCUGGUUAAAGCCCACGGUGACAAGCCACUCGAGCUCUUCGGCCGGGAAAGGAUGCUGGCUCUAUUUCCAGUGAGAUCGCUAUCAGUAUUUUUACCUGACGAAACGUGCCGAACAACAGCGAACGGGGGGAGAAGGGUUGCACAGCAGAGGAAAUGCAAACGCACCUUGCGAGAAUCCCUCGCCACGUCGACGGCCUGCUUCAUCAGCCUCUGCCCCAGCGCCGCAUCGAGCGGUAAUACGGCGUGGAACAUGCACCGGAUGUACUUUGCCAGUCUGUCGCCCUUCAUCUUCUCGAGCUCCUAGAUCUCGUUCACGAUGACGCCUAGUGUGGAAUAGAGAGCUGCGAGCAGUGGAAACACAGCACUUGGUAAGCAACGGUCUCCUCGUAGCCAUCUAUAAUGGAAAACAGUAGGUGGCAGGUUAGGUUGCGUACCUUGUCCAGGCAGUUUGCCUCGCAGCGCAAUGUCCCCCAUCGCCUUGAGCGUAUUCACAUCCCGACACGUGACGGCCGUACGGAUGAUGAACCCCAGCUCAUCAGUCUUCUUCAAUGCUAUGGCAGCCUCAAAAUCAAACACCAUCAACGUCGCAAGCUUGGCCGUUAGAUCGCUCUUCAGCCUCGUAUCCAGACCAUCGCUCAUCUGCUUCUCCAGAGCUGCAUUGUACGCCACGACGUGCCUCCGCAUGACGAGAUAAUGCUGUAGCUGCUGCUCGACGUUGUCUUCCGUCCGGGCGAGCGAUAUGAGAGCAGCGGCAGCGAUGAAGUCGCAAAACAUUGUCCUGAGCGCGAGGUCACUCGCAGCUUCGGCAGGAAGAUCCUCUGGAUAAUGCUUCGCGAUAGUGAGGCAGCUGUUGUAAAGCCGGAUAAGAUGCUUUACGUCCCAGUUGUCCGAGUGCUUGAGGCCAAGGUUAUACGCGUUCUGGCAGAACCAGUCCAGUUCCUUGACGGUGAACAGCCGGUUGCCGUCCUUGUCCGUGGGGCCUCGCUGGAUUGCCUCGACAGCUAAAGACGACUUGAUCAGCCUGUGAUAGAAACCGAUGAAUGACACUUUCUCACCUCCUUCAAAAAGCACAAGAAUUUCUUCAACUGCACUCUGCCGCUCCCUAGCCCCCUUUUCGCUCUCAACAACCGAGACAGCGAGUCGGAUAUUACACCGCAACAGUGCAGGCAAAUGAAUUGGAGACCCCUCGCUGAAUUCAAACUUCUCCACCAGCUGCUUCAUAGCCUGCAUCGCGCAGACCCUAUCCCCAGCCUGCUGCGCCUCGAGAACACAAGCAUAAAGAAAGUUAG